AUGGAUGAAAAAAAUAGUAUACCUAAUGAGAUAAAAGAUAUUUUGGUUUCAUUACAUGAAGAACAUUAUAGUUUUCAAAAAUGUUUGUUGAUUAUAAAAAAUUAUAUUGAUGAAGAUCCUAUUAAAAAUUCUAAUAAUAUAGUAGAAUAUAUUUUAAAUAAUAUAAAUGUAAGUGAUAUUAAGAAUAAUAUAUGUUAUUAUUUAGCAGAUUUAUUGGUUUAUAUUCAGGAUGUCAAUAAAAUUGAUAACAAAAAUUAUAAUGAAGAAGUAGAAAAAAAGGAUGACAAUGGUUUAUAUUAUCCUGAAUAUAGAAUAAAUAUCAAAGAUGAGAGAUUGAAAAAAUAUGUAGUAAAAGAUAUUAGAUGGGAAUUGAUUAGAAAUUGCACAAAAAAUAUAAAUUAUUUAAAAUUAAUGUAUGUAGUUAGUAAUAACAUUUUACCAAAAAAUGGCUAUGUUUUAUUUAUUAAUAUAUUUCACAAACUUGAAAUAAAUUAUCAGUACAAGUUGUUAUCAUUGGAAUAUUUUGCUAAUAUUGCAAAUCAAAUUAAAAUAGAAAGAGCCAAAUAUAUAGCUCAAAUUCUUCCUCUUGUUUUAGAAAAAUUUUAUAAUAUAGAAGGUCAACCAUAUUAUAAUGAUAAUAUAAAUAAUUUAGAUAUAUUAAUAUCCAUGUGUAAAUUUGUUAAUAUUUUAUGUGAUGAAUCAAUUAAAGCUCAAGAUGAUGAUAGACAAGAUGUAGCUUUAUAUUCCAUAGUUGCUUUUAUUAUGAGAAUAAUAAAUUAUCAUAAUGUAGAUCUUCCAUUAAAUAGAAAUAUUGAGAAAUUAUUUAAAUACAUAAAUUAUGAAAAUGUUAAUUAUAGAGAAUGUUUAAAAGAAUAUUGGAAUAUUACUAAAAAUUUAUAUAAAAAUAAAAAUGAAAAUUUAGUUAAAGAUUGCUUAUCAUCUUUAAUUUGGAGACUUAGUAUAAUUAAUCCUAACUUACCAAGAACAUUAGAAAGAGUAAAUAUUUUAAUACCUAAUACAAAAACAUGUGUUUUAGAAAAUUCAACUUUAGAAAUAUCAAUACUUUGUUAUUUAAUUUUAAUAGAAAAAGUAAAUAAUUGUUGUUUUCCUCUUGUAUUUUCAGAAUUAUAUUUAUUCAAUUUAAUGAUAAGAAAUAGUUAUAAUUUAAUUUUAUGUGUUUCUAAAGCAAAAGAACAUAUUAAAAAUAAUUUACUCAUUAAAGCAUAUCAUUUCAUAUGUGUAUGUUCCAUCUUAUCUCAAAUUAUUAAAAAAAGGUUUAAUGAAUACUGCGGUAAUAUUUAUAAAUUCAGAUGGAGACCUUAUGAUUUCCUUAAAAAAAUUUAUCAAAUACUUUAUGAAAAUAGUAACUUAAAAACAUAUACAAAAAUUGUUUAUUAUUGUAUUAGUAAUAUUAUGAGAAAUUUUCAUUGGGAUAUUUUUUACUCUUUAUAUAGUAAAUUAUUGGUUGAAUCUAAUUCUGAUAAAAUUAAAAGCACUAUUUCAUCUUUUUUUAAAGAUGAGAUGUUUAAACAAAUGUCCCAUAUAAUUAAAAAUAUUGAAAUCAAAAAAUUAAAAAAAAAAGAAUAUGAGUUAACUGACAAUAGUAACCAUAAUACUAAUAAUACAGAAAUAUCUUUUGAACAAAAAUCGGAAAAAAAAGAAAAUGUUGAAUGUUUAGAUAAAGAAGAAAUAGAUAUAAACAAGGUAGGUAAUCAAAUAAGAAAAAUUGUUUUUACAUUAAUAAGUGAAGAAUCAGUAAUUUUAUAUAUUGAAUCAAUUACUGUAGCAUUAAAUAUAGUUAAAAUGAUUUUAUUAAAUAAAAAUUUCCAUCCUUUUUAUAAGUUUAUUUUAAAAUUUGACGAAAGUUCUAGUUGUUUUUUACAAAACAAAAUUAAAUAUUUUCAUGAACAAAUUAAAAUAGAAAAAGCAAUGUUGCUACGUGACAAACAAAAAGAUGAGUCUUUAUCUUCUAACAAUGAAGAAAUAUCCGAAAAAUAUUUUUAUAUAAAUAAUACAAUGAACAGCGUUAAUGUAAAUAAAUUAGAAAUCGUUGUUAUGCUUUUAGAGGAUAUUGAAAAAACUAUUGAAAAAAUUAAAAUAAAUACAAAAAAUUAA